AUGCGUCCAUUCAGCACUUCAGCAAGAGCUCUUUUCAAAAAACUUGGCUUUCCGGUUGAAAGCAUCCCUGGACCCCACAGAUCUGCCUAUGAAAAGUUUUUUGCGCCUGGUGGAGGCGCUGAACAGAAAUUUGGGAAAAUUAAAUCUGCACUAGUGCGGUCUCGUGGUGGUAACCCAGUCCACCAGUCUUCAUAUAAUAAGGCGGACAAAGCUUGGAUUAUCAGCGUUUUCGUUGAAGGGGAGAAAGACAAGGCGGCCUGUCACAUUUACGAGGAUGGCACGGGGACUAGAAAGAAGGGUGACCGUCGAGAAUAA